AUGUUGACGGAGGAUCAGAUUCUGAAUCCCAGGGAACGCGUGUUUCCUGUUUUGCCCACAACGACGCAACCUCUUUUUCCCCUCCCAACCAUCAACGACGCCUCUCCUCCACUCCACACUGCUACAACUCCGAUCCCCUCUCCUGCUGCCGCCGUCAGAUUCGCCUGUGGCGCCUUCGUCUCCUGCUCCAGCUGCAUCGCCUCCGGCAUCAUCUCCGGCCGGCCGGAUCUUUCGCCAGUGCUGUCAUCGCCGAAGCCUUCCAGGUCCCUCAUCGACAACUCAACUUUUGUGAAUUUCAAUUCUAGUUUUGUUCAUGUUGAUAGCGAAUGGCUCGAUAUUGAGAUUGGGAAGUCAGCAUUCUACUUUCAUGGAUUUUUUUUCAAAGAUACCAUGGAUUUUUUUUCUAGAGGAAAGCUUGACUACAAAAUAUCUGGAUACCUUUUUCCAGCAGCCACCAGUGCUAUAGAUACUAGUAAUAAAAGACAAAAAAUGGAAUGCCAGCACACAGAUCACAAAACCUGCUGUUUCCACUACCUUGUCUACCAAUACCACUACUAUAGUGCUUACUUCAUAAAGACAAAAUCCCAGCAAACUAAUUAA